AGUUAUCAUAAUUUAUCUGGCAGAAAUUACUAUUCCCGAGAAAUCGGGAUUUCACUCCGGCUACUGCAGACAGCACGUCGACUGUUAUCCUGCACUGCGGCCGCCAAACAGGUUUAGAGUAUCAAGCCGACCAGACGUACAAGUUUAUCUAUAAGAUGAGUUCGUCGUCCUCGUCCUCGUCCUCGUCUAGCUCCAGUGGCGGCGGAUCGUCCUCAUCGUCCUCGUCGUCCUCGUCCUCAUCGGGAGGAUGCGUGCUGCAGUCCGUGCUCCAGAUCUCCAACGAAAGGACUUAUGAAAUGGGCGUGGUUUCAGGGGGAAGGGUGGCGGCGCUAGAUGAAAGACAGAUGAUAGAUCCACCCGGACGUCUGCCCACUACUAGACUAGAAUAAACAUCGUGACGUCAUGAGCCUUCUCACCAAACGAAAACCAACCCAGAAGAAUUGAAACAUUGUUUGCAAAUCACAUUUUGUGUGUGUACGAAAAACCAAAAGCAAAAACAAUUCCACCUCUUUCAAGAAGGUCACAAAUAUUCCGAGUUAGUUAAAUUACUGAUCUAUACUUAAUUUCUUUUUGUAGAGAAUGGCGAAAAACUGUCACUUUAUCAGUCUCUUUUAAGAUGUUUGUGUUUAUCUUGUUUUGUAAUAAAGAAAAAUAUGUAAACUAAA